AACUGUAAUCAUAUUAAAAGAAGCGGCUAGGGCUUUGACAGCUCCUUCCAGUUCCUUUGUGCUGCCUUUGCUUUUACCAGCUUGGCUUUCUAGUUUGGAGCUGGGUGCUUAAAACUGAAUAAAAUAGAUCAAGUCCCUGAGUGGUGCCUAGGAUGCCAAAUAAGCUGAGCUACAGAUCUGCUGAGAGCCAUGGCUAUUUUUAUUAGAAGCUGAUACUUUAGUGUAGCUGUGAACACUGCCUUGGGAGAGGGUUAGUUUCUAGCGAAGGUGGGGAAGGCAAGGCAGGGCUUUGUAGAGAAAGUAGCUCAAAAGAAGAACCCAAAGAAAGUUAGAAGUGCAGAGGACGUCCCACCUUUUAAAACACUGUCUCCUGCGAGAGUCAACAUUGGCCCUGUCAGAUCCUCUGAGCUGCUAAUACAACUUGACCUUUUUUCACAGUGCAUUUCUUACCAUCAGCAUUAUGACUGAGAUUGCAGCAGAAGGACCUGUGUCCACAACGACGGUCAUAGACAACAAGAAUGGAUCAGUUCCUGUGCCGCAUAUGAAAAUGUCCAAGAGAUCAGUAUCAGAAGAUUUUGCAACAACCUUCAGUUCACCUGCAGCAUGGCUCCUUGUAGUUGCUCUUAUCGUUACCUGGUCAGCAGUGGCUAUUGUCAUGUUUGACUUAGUGGAUUACAGAACCUUGGCAGGACAAUCCAUAAACAAACUUACCACGGAUCCAUUGAGAAUCAUGCAUGAUGCUGUGGAAGAGAGCACCAAUUCCAUUUAUGGCUUUCUUUCUUUAAUGUCUGACCUCAUAUUUGAAGAUGAAGAUGAAAAUGGAAAAGGUGAAGGAGAGCCAUCCCUGAAAGUAAAAGAAGAAAUUCAACCACCAGUCAAAAAGAAAGAAAUCCAGAUAGACAAGGCUGAAAAAAUAGAGAAGGUAGAAAAGAAGCCAACACCAAAAGACAUUCAGAGAGACAAGGGAAAGGAAAGGGAAGAGAAAAUAGAAAAGAAACUACCGCUCAAAGAAAUUCACAAAGAGAAACCUGAGAAAUACGAGAAGCCUAAAAAAGUAGAGAAGACCAAAAAGCUUGAAAAAGUAGAAAAACCUCAAAAAAGGGAACUUACUAAAGUAAUACACAAAGAAAAACCCGAAAGACAUGAAAAAGUUGAAAAAAGGGAAAAACCUGAAAAGAAAAGCAAAUAUGAAGAACCUGGAAAGAUGGAAAAGAAAGAAAAAGCUAUAGUAUCUCCCAAGGAGAAGACUGCAAAGCAAGAGAAAAAGAAAGCAGCUCCUUCCCCAAAAGUAACAGAAAAAAUGAAAACUGAACAGCAAGAAAGGAUGGGGAAAAAAGUUGUCACAAAAGAUAAAAAGAGCAUCCAAGUUGAAGAAAAGAUAAAAAAAGAUGUGAAAGAAAAAAAACCCGAGGCCAAGGCACCUGAAAGACUAAAGACCAAGGAAAUCAAAGCAGCGGAAGUUACAUCACCAAAAGCCAAGGGAAAAAAGGAGACUGCCCUGGCAGUCAGCGAAAAAAUCGAUCAUGAAGAUCAAUUUGCAUUCUGUCGUUAUAUGAUUGACAUGUUUGCACACGGGAAUUUGUACACAGGAUCAUAUCCCCCCCUAUUUUUGGAACAGACCUCGGCAAUCACAGCUCUUCUCCCAGCUGCUGAAGUGGGAAAGCUUAACGUGACAGCUACAAAAAAAGUGGAAAAAGGAAAAAAGGUGGUUCAAGAAAAGAAAGCUAUUCCACAAGUUAUAAGAAAAGAAGAAGAGAGGAAGAAAGUAACUGCUGAGAAGAAAGGUGUUCCUGAAAUUAAAAAGAAAGAAGUGGAAGAAGAAAAAAAGAUAAUCCAUGAGAAGAAAGAUGUUUCCGAUAUUCAGGCAAAAGGGAAAAAAGAAGAAAAAAGGAAAACUCCUGAGAGGGCAGCAUUCUCUGUAGUUAAAAAAGCAGACACAAAAGAAGCUGUUUCCAUCAAAGACCUAAAAAAGCCAGCAAAAACUCCUGCACCCCCCCAGCCAGUUUCCAUAAAAGUGGCAACACCAGCAGGCAAGCCAACGAAGGCUGCACAUGUGAAAGAAUCUGAAACACAUAAAAAAGAAAAGCCAAUAGAAAUAGCCAAAGUGCCAAAGAAACAUGUGCAUGUAAAGAAACCUGAACCAGACAAGAAAGAAAAGUCAAUAGAAAUAGCCAAACUGCCAAGGAAGGCUGUGUAUGCAAACAAAACUGAAGCAGACAAGAAAGAAAAGCCAAUAGAUAUAGCCAAGCUGCUAAAGAAGGUUCUGCAUGCAAACAAAACUGAAUCCCACAAGAAAGAAAAGGCAUUAAAAACAGUCAAAGUGCCAAAAAAAGAUGUGCAUGUAAACAAAACUGAACCCCACAAGAAAGAGAAGCCAUUAGAAACAGCCAAGCUACCAAUGAAGGAUAUCCAUGUAAAAGAAUCUGAAACCCACAAGAAAGAAAAGCCAAGAGAAAUGGUCAAAGUGCCAAAGAAAGAUGUGCAUAUAAAAACUGAACCCCACAAGAAAGAAAAGCCAUUAGAAACAGCCAGGCUACCGAUGAAGGAUAUCCAUAUAAAAGAAUUUGAACUCCACAAAAAAGAAAAGCCAAGAGAAAUGGUCAAAGUGCCAAAGAAAGAUGUGGAUAUAAACAAAACUGAGUCCCACAAGAAAGAAAAGACAUUAGAAACAGCCAAGUUACCAAUGAAGGAUAUCCAUGUAAAAGAAUCUGAAACCCACAAAAAAGAAAAGCCAAGAGAAAUGGUCAAAGUGCCAAAGAAAGAUAUGCAUAUAAAAACUGAACCCCACAAGAAAGAAAAGCCAUUAGAAACAGCCAGGCUACCGAUGAAGGAUAUCCAUAUAAAAGAAUUUGAACCCCACAAGAAAGAAAAGCCAAGAGAAACGGAACCCCACAAGAAAGAAAAGCCAUUAGAAACAGCCAGGCUACCGAUGAAGGAUAUCCAUAUAAAAGAAUUUGAACCCCACAAGAAAGAAAAGCCAAGAGAAACGGCCAAAGUGCCAAAAAAAGAUGUGCACGUAAACAAAACUGAACCCCACAAGAAAGAAAAGCCAUUAGAAACAGCCAGGCUACCGAUGAAGGAUAUCCAUAUAAAAGAAUUUGAACUCCACAAAAAAGAAAAGCCAAGAGAAAUGGUCAAAGUGCCAAAGAAAGAUGUGGAUAUAAACAAAAAUGAACCCCACAAGAAAGAAAAGCCAAGAGAAAUGGCCAAAGUGCCAAAAAAAGAUGUGCACGUAAACAAAACUGAACCCCACAAGAAAGAAAAGCCAUUAGAAACAGCCAGGCUACCGAUGAAGGAUAUCCAUAUAAAAGAAUUUGAACCCCACAAGAAAGAAAAGCCAAGAGAAACGGCCAAAGUGCCAAAAAAAGAUGUGCACGUAAACAAAACUGAACCCCACAAGAAAGAAAAGCCAUUAGAAACAGCCAGGCCAAAGAAAGAUGUGGAUAUAAACAAAACUGAGUCCCACAAGAAAGAAAAGACAUUAGAAACAGCCAAGUUACCAAUGAAGGAUAUCCAUGUAAAAGAAUCCGAAACCCACAAAAAAGAAAAGCCAAGAGAAAUGGUCAAAGUGCCAAAGAAAGAUGUGCAUAUAAAAACUGAACCCCACAAGAAAGAAAAGCCAUUAGAAACAGCCAGGCUACCGAUGAAGGAUAUCCAUAUAAAAGAAUUUGAACUCCACAAAAAAGAAAAGCCAAGAGAAAUGGUCAAAGUGCCAAAGAAAGAUGUGGAUAUAAACAAAACUGAGUCCCACAAGAAAGAAAAGCCAUUAGAAACAGCCUGGCUACCAACGAAGGAUAUCCACAUAAAAGAAUCUGAACCCCACAAGAAAGAAAAGCCAAGAGAAACAGCCAAAGUGCCAAAGAAAGAUGUAAACAAAUCCGAGCCAGAUAAGAAAGAAAAAACAAUAGAAAUAGAAACACAUAAGAAAGAAAAGCCAAUAGACAUAGCAAAGCUACCAAAAAAGGAUGUGCAUGUGAAAGAAACUGCACCCCAGCCCAAAAAGGAUAUCCAUAUUCAAGAAUCUGAAUCACAUAAAAAAGAAAAGCCAAUAGAAAUAGCCAAAACGCCAAAGAAACAUUUGCAUGUAAAGGAAUCUGAAGCAGAUAAGAAAGAAAAACCAAUAGAAAUAGCCAAGCUGCCAAAGAAGGCUGUACAUGCAAACAAAACUGAAACACAGAAGAAAGAAAAGCCAACAGAAACUGCCAAACUGCCAAAGAGUGAUGUGCACUUAAAAGAAACUGAAUCACACAAGAAAGGAAAGUUGGCAGAAACGGCCAAGCUGCCAAAGAAGGAUAUUCAUGUAAAAGAAUCUGAACCCCACAAGAAAGAAAAGUCAAGAGAAAUGACCAAAGUGUCAAAGAAAGAUGUGUCUGUAAAUAAAACCGAAGCACAUAAGAAAGGGAAACCAAUAGAAACAGCCAAGCUGCCAAAGAAGGCUGUGCAUGCAAACCAAACAGUACCACAUAAGAAAGAAAAGCCAAUAGAAAUAGCCAAACUGCUAAAGAAGGAUAUCCAUGUAAAAGAAUCUGAAGCAGACAAGAAAGAAAAGCCAACUGAAAUAGCCAAGCUGUCCAAAAAGCCUGUGCAAGCAAGCAAAACUGAAACACACAAGAAGGAAAAGCCAGUAGAAAUUGCCAAGCUACCAAAGAAAGAUAUUCAUGUAAAAGAAACUGAACCAGAUAAGAAAGAAAAGUCAAUACAAAUAGCCAAGCUGCCUAAAAAGGAUGUGCAUAUAAAAGAAUCUGAACUGCACAAGAAAGAAAAGACAAUGGAAACAGCUGUUGGGGGAACCCACAAGCCAAAAGCUUCACAAGGAAAGAAAGAAGAAAGACCUAGCAAGGCAGCAGAACAAGAUAAAUCAGACUCCAAAGAAUCUAGUAAAGUGUGUCACAAACUUGAGAAAGAAAAAUUAAUGAAGACCCCAGAAACCCAGAAGAAAAGGGAUAUCUCAAAAGAAAAAGUAAAGCCUCCUAUUGCUGUCAAAAGAAAAGAGGCAGCAAAAUCAAAUGAUGCAAAGCUUCCCAUUGCCGAGAAAAAGAAAGAAACUGACGUUAAAAAAGGAGAAAGUCCAGCUAAAACAGCCUCCAGCAUGAUAAAACAAACCAAGAACAUUUCUCAUCCUGCCAUUACAGGCAAGGAGGCAGAACAUAAACCACCAAAACAAGAAGUUCUUGGGCAUGAAAAAGGAGCUCAUCCAGCAAAACCAGAAAGACCAGAAAAAGCAACAGCUGAACUCAAAGUUGCAGAUGAGAAAAAAGCAGAAAAAUCUUUGAGAGAAAAGAAGGAAAAACAUGGAAAAACAGUUGAAAAGACACCCUUGAAAGUAAAACAUGACAAAGUUCCUGCAGAAAAAGCAGUCCAUUUUUAUUACAAUAUGACUACAGAAAAAAAUUCAAAAGCUGCAAAACCAGGAACUGCUGUUCGCUACUAUCAAUGUGUUUUUGUAAAUGGAAUUAAUGGUUACACACCUCGAUAUUCUGUUACUCAAGAAAAACCUGCUGAUCCCAAGUUGAAGGCACGGAAACAAUAAUGCCCUGCAACCUGUGACAUUGCAACAAUUUUGCACUUUGCACCCACUUCAGGGGGUCAUCUGGAAGUCCACUUGGCACCUGUGACAACGAAAGUAUGAUCUGACUGAUCACAUGCACCUGUAAAGGUUGUCUCUUGGUUGUUAGAACACCAGAGACAAUUUGAUGGCAUUAUGUGAUUAAGGAUAUCCAUGCUACUUCCCUGAAUGAAAGCAUGGUGCUGAAAGAGUACUUGACAGUAAGUUCUGUGUGCAGGUAUAGGUGUAUGUAUAUUUAUAUCUUCUGUCAAAGUCUGUUUCUAGUUUCUGUUUUAGACCUAGCUAGCAUGGAAAACAUUUUCCAUAGUAUCAGUUUUGGGAAAUGUUGAAACGGAAUUAGUCAUUUGCAGUACAGUUUGCAAUCUAUGAUAGUGCUAAAUGAAAUCAUGAGUCAGUCCAUACUAAAUUGUUAAGUAAUCAGACUCUAAUAAUAAAACCUAUGUUCGACAUAUGUGUUUUUUGUAAAAGCAAGCAAUAAAAUGUUUGCUAUUUACAUAUUAGAGAGAUAUUUGAAUUAAGAAUAUCAAUUUCUCUUUACUUGCUAUUUGAAAUAACAGACUGAUAUCUCAACCUCAAAAGAAAAAAUAUAAUGCUCCCAAUGAAAAUGUUUAAAGAUGUUAUUCUGGCUGCCUAUUAAAAUAGGUUUUGCUUUGUAAAUAAUACUGUAUCUUUGUAAGUAGUUGUUCCUAAUUUCUAUUUUGUGUAUAUAAUUUUAUACUUGUCUGCAAUGUCAAACUGAACAAAUUAUGUAUUGUUUUUACACAAAUUGUGUAAAGACAACUCUUUACACAAACAUUACAUCUGAAGUGUUUAACUGAAUCAAUUUCAUAAGUUUCUAAAGGGAGACUAUUGUUGAAAUGCUGAUAUUUAUUUUGAAGAGACAGUAGAGGGUUUAGGUAACUAUGCCUAAAGAGAUUGAAGCAAUUCAUUACAAUGUUUGGUUUUUCCUCUCUGUCUCUUUCUUUUCAUAUUUCAUCUUUUCAUGUCUUGGUCAUACUAAAAUAGACUGGAAUUUAAUGCUACCUAGGCAAUUUCCAUUACUGUAUUUGCAACCCAAUCUAAUAUGGUUCUCCCAUUGUGAAAGUAAUUUAUUGGGAGAAAAACAAAUACAGAUAAAUGAAAUACUUGAUUACUACCAGCUGGGGAAAUGUAAGGUUCUGUUCUGUAUUAGACUGAAGGCUAAAUCACAGACAAGUGAUUUAGGAUCAUUUUGAUAGAAAUAAAAGAUUGUACUACUUAAAGAAUGUACUUUGGAAGUACAGGCUUAUCCCGCUGCUGGAUGAGCAAAAUGCGGAGGUGCAUAAACAAAGCAGAGAAUUAAAGACUAGACUGUAGUCUUUAUGAAAUAUGUUUUUCAUAUGUCACAAAGUAUUUGCACUGAUUCAAAGAUGAUUGGUGUUGUUAAUAUUGUAUCAUGAUUGAUGAAAGCACUCAAACUUUUUAUAAAUGAUGAUACCUCAUAAGUGACAUGAAAAUGUUUAUAAACGUUAUGCUUGAUUAUACGGUAGAGUUGUAGAGUUGGCAUCGCAUUAAUGUCACCAACUCGGCCAUAUCAAGAAUUAUGAUCCACCAUGAGUGCAGAAGUUUAGAAGUUUCAAAUGUAACUUUGAGAUCUGCCUCUUUUAGAUGGUUCAUAUCUACCUCUGAUCUUCCCAAAACAGAAAUCUUAGGGUUCUGUUCACUUUUCUUAUAAUUCAUUUAUUUUGCUAUUUGUAGCAUAGUUUCAGUGGCUUUCCAAAGACCUGCUGAUUUAAAUGUGUGUUUUUAGUCAAAUCGCACAAGGUUUCUCUUAGAGUUUUAUUGAAAUAAUGCUAAUCGUAGGUAACCUUAUUUAGAUUAUUAAAAGCUGUUUAACUGAGAUUUAUUGAAGCAUACCCCAAUUCCCUAUAACUGAUUCAAGUGCAAUAGCAUAUUUGAGAAGACAUUUCCCUUUGGAUAUCCAGCUGACUCAGAGAAAUUCAAAAUAUAAAAUCUCAAAUAAUGGUCAAUAUUCCAAAAGCAUUAAUCAUUUGCUUAAAACUCAAGUUUCUUAUUGCAUCCAUCCAGACAUCAGAUUGAUAAAAAAAAUCCUGCUGUUAUUUGAAUUACAUGUUUUUAUCCAUGUUUUAACUGUUGAUUUCCAAAAUAAAAUGGUCAAAGGGUAUCAUGGUAGGUACAGCUCAGUUUGAUUAUUUGACAGGGCAACGAUUCAUGAUAUUGUUAUUUAUCUUGGUAUUUUAAUUAAUACCAAGAAUCAAAUAAUAAUUACUAUGGUCUUUCUCUGUGACAUAGGUUGAGUUUGCCACAAAUUCACUUAAACUCCUAAGCUAAAAUUCUUUUUCAUGUUCUAAUCCUUAAUGCUUUCAGUGAGAUUUCUCAAGACUGAGAACAAUUGUUUACUUGGCAUCCACAUUAAGGUUUGAUGUUAAUAGACAAAGUCUUCAUCACAAAAGCAGAGGCUCCAUUGUGCUGUUGUGCAUGUAUUUCUAACAGCAGAUAGGCAGAACAGCAGAAAUACAACAUUUCAUGAUAUAGCAGACAAAAUAACCCUAUAGCAGCACAACAGAUAGUAGGGAAGCUUCCUAUAUCUUAUUGAUAAGGACAAUGGAAAAGAAAAAGGGAUUUAUAUUUUUGUCUCUGUUUUUUAUUAUUCUUUUUUCACCUCCUUAAUUUUAUUGGGAAUGGAAAUUAUGCCAGUUCUUGGGCUAGCAUAUUUUCUUUCUGUUUUGUAGAUAUAGUCAGAGAAUGGGAGUCUGAACUGAUAGCACUAGAUGUGACCAUGACAUCUUCUCUUUUUUUGGCUGAACUUUCCUUUUUCAUUAGUUAGAAAGCCACAAAGGCAGAAGUGUAUACUCUCACACAAUGAGGUUCCUCAAUGAAAAUCCUCAUUAGCCACUUUCUCUAUGGAGGACCAUCUCUUUUUCCACCCACUAGGAGGAAGGUCUGCAAUAUUUUAUUACUUAUAGGAUGCCACUCCAGAAACUGUAGUAGUGUUUAUUAUAAGUACAGUCUCAGUUAAGCUAAACAAUUAUUGCUACAGUCACUUUCCUACAUCUACGCUACUUAGUUCUUCAUGAUAACUAUACUAUUUCUAUAUAUUUAAUCUCAAAUGCAGGCCUUUUUUUACAGUAGAAAUCAGGGAGUGAAUAUAUGACAGCCAUAAUUUCUGGUUCCAUUUCAUUUAUCAUGAAUAGAGUAAGAAAAAAACACACUGGCUAAAUGAUUCUUGUAUUCCUUAGUUUUGAAAAUAACAAUCUCUAAAAGCACUUUGCCAAGCCAUCCACUGCCGUUUAACUGCAGCAGAUGUCUCCCAAUUGUCAAAAUAUUAUACCAAGUUAUAAGCACUGAAAAUAAAGCUAUCUCAAAGCAAAGAAAGAAGUAAUGCUUUGUACAAAAUUGUUUAAAGUCAUCCAGAUAGAUUCAUGUGUAUGCAAAGUCAGUAGAGGUGUAUUUUGAAGGUAAGAUCAAAAAGGGCUGAGAAUGAUUAGAAUUAACACAGGCAGGGUCUUGUUUUAAACAAGAAGGGAAUGAAAUAUUUUAAUGGCUGCAAAAAGAAAAGGUAAACAUAAGAACAGCAAAAUGAAGAGAUAUACCACCAUUGUGAAUGGAUGUAGCAGAAGGAAUGCUGAGGAAAUUUUUAAAAAGGUGUUGCAAAGCAAUGAGUGCAACACAGAUGGGAAGAAGAAACAUGGUAAAUAAAGAAAAAUAUUUGAUCUUCCAUUCUGAGAGAUAAAAACUAGAAAACAGAAAAGCUAACGCAGGUUGUUUUCUACAAACUAGAGAAAGUACUUAGAGGGGACUUAGCUGUAAAAUAGUCAGUGGUGUUUUGCAAUUACCAAAAUAGAUUUAUAUUUAAGAACAGUGUAGCAUUGUGGAUAAAUGUGGCAGUAGUUGGGUGUAGAGAAUCAGGUGAUGGGUUUGUUCCAAUUACCUGCACAUAAAUAGAGCACCCGUCAGACAUAACACUUUUCCCUUCUUACAAUUGUGAGACAUACACUGUAUUUGGUCAAUAAGAAGAUUGAAAGGCCUGCACAUUUCCCACACAUUUAUGAUCAAUGUUCUCCCCUAUUCUCAGUACACAGUCAUGAGUUCUAAUCUCUCAUUCCUUAACCACACAAAGGAAGGGUAAGGCUAUGACUCAGUUGUCAAUAGAAGAUACCCAUCUCUCUCAUUCCCUCUAAUCUUUGGUAUAGUGUCUUGAUACAGGCCUAUCUAUAAAUAUCAAGAAAGUAGAGAAUAACCUUUGUUAUAAUCUAUAGCAUAGUAAACAAUAUUGUGCUCAUGGACCCUUCCUUGGUACCUUCUGGAUUCUAAGCUGCAGAUAACUUUUUUAAAGAGAACCUUUAAUUAAAAAAAGGAUAAUGAAGAAAAUAUUGCCAUGUUACAAGCACCAGGUACUAACAUAUGGAUCCUGUAGAUCCCGGGUGUCAAACUCACAGUGUCAUGUUGCCAUCAUGUGACAUAUUGUGAUGAUUUCUCCCUUCGCAGAACUGGGGUGGGUGUGACCUGCAGAUGACGCAUCCGGCCCGUAGGCCACCAGUUUGACACCCCUGCUGUAGAUAGUCUUAGAAAAUAAAAAUGCUAGGUAGCUACAGCUUAGCACCUGGUUUGGAAACACACUCACCUUUCCAGAAAAAAUAUAGAGAAAAUGAAAGGGAGGGGGGAGAGAGAAUGGAAGAGGCAAACUAGAGGUAAUCACAAAUGAGAUGUAUUUUAUGACUGGUUGUACUGACUAUGACAGUCAUUUGUCAAAUAGAGUAGUCUAUAUGGCAGCCAUCUGUAAGAAUGUCCAGUAUGCCAAAAUGAUAGCCUACUUCUGAGCCACUCCAUGAGUGUAGGUAGUCUGGAUUUAUAGCUUUAUACAAAAAUAUGUAUCACACCAUACUGACAACUUUAUAAAAUGGAAAAGAGAAGAACAAAAAGUUGUGUAGACUGAGAAUGUGGUGAUUGGUUGUGAAUUUCUCCAAAAUAGAUAGAACUGUACAAAAAGGGUUUUAUGAUUUCCUGAAGCAAGAGCACUGAUCUGAAAAAUAUAUUGUUUAGAAUAUAUUUUAGGCUUCGGUCCUACAGAUGUUUAACCUAUAAGGUUAUUGAAAUUAAGAAAUAGUUGGCGCUCUAUCCAGUGAUGUCUUGCCCUGACUUAGCAGGAAGUGCUUAUACAGUAGAAAGUUAUUUAGACUCAUCAAGAAAUAUUCUUUUAUUUUACAAUUAUAUUUGACUGCUAUGUUAAAAUAUUGGCACUUAUUGAAAAUUAAAUAAAGGUUUUAAAAUAAGCAACAAAAAAGAAUGCCAAGGAAAGGAAUAUUUUGAUUUUAUAUUUAUGUCUUUAUGUCUUCAUUUGCAUUUUAAUUUUGUACAUACUUUAUCAACACUACAAAUGUUUUCCUUUCAAAAAUUAUUUCAUUUUUUUGGUCUCCAAGUGACACCCUAUAUAGUAAAUGUUUUAAGACACUGCAUUGACUACAGAUUGUCAUUAUUUAUGUAAUGCUUCUAAACAUGGAAAGAAUAAUUGUUGAAUAGCUGAAUUGAGAUGCAAAUUUGAAGCCCUGUAGCAAGAUAUUUCCAAAGAGAGUUUGAAAAAAAGAAUGUGUUGUUUGGUUUCUGUCAAAUUACUUACUGUUGCAAACCUCGCUGACAGUCUGUGAGAAAAUAUCAAGUCUUUUCAAUAAAAGGGAAAUGUUUUCAA